CAACAAAGUAACCAACUAACCAACAAACUAACUAGUGUCAUGAAUUUCCAACUGUCAAUCAAAGUUAGGUAAAUGAAAGUCACGCGCGCACUCGCGCACACAUACACGGAAGAAGGAACACGGAAGUGAGUGAGUGAAUGCACCUGUUACUGCUCAGUUUCAAACUUUAAACAUCCUCGACAAGAGCUGCGGUGUGAAGCUCCAUUAUGGCAGAGACUGAGGAGAAAACAGAUACAGUGUCCACAGAGGAACAGCAGGAACAGCAGGAACAGCAGCAGCAGGAACCGUUUCUGGAGACUGACUCUUCAUCCAGCGGCCCGGGUGACAGUCAGCCUGCUGCCCGUGCUGAGUCCACCGAGCCGCGGGCAGCCGCCGCCGUUUCUCUGACUUUAACACCGGACCAGUUCAAAAGGAGAAAGUUCUUCGUGUUGAGGCCUGGCUCUCUGAAUCAGGCCCUCAAAGACAUUGAAGCUCUGGUGGAUAAAGAAGUGGAUGGCAGCGUUCACAGCAUCUGGCUGAUGGCAGAGGUGGAUCACUGGAACAAUGAAAAAGAGCGCAUUGUUCUCAUCACAGAAAACUCUCUCCUCGUCUGCAAGUAUGACUUUGUCAUGUUCAACUGCGACCAAGUGCAGAGGAUCCCGCUGAACUUUGUGGACCGCAUCUCACACGGAGCCUUCGCCUUCCCAAAGCACUCCCUCAUCCAGAGAGACGGGGAAGGGUUGCGAGUCUUCUGGGACCGGCUGAGAGAACCCUCCUUCAUCUCCAGGUGGAACCCGUUUGCCAUCGACUUCCCUUUCGUCACCUUCACCAACCAUCCUGUGAGGAACGUCAAUGACACGCUCGCUGCCCUCUGCGAUAUUGAGAAGUUCCGAGAGCAGCUCAAGGACGCCGCGCUCAGAGCUCAUUCCAUAAAGCCAGUUCCAGGAAAGGCCAAUGGAGUGCUGGUCCUGAAUCAGCCGCUCUUCAUCGAAGCCUACGUCGGCCUCAUGUCAUUCCUCGGAAACCAGAACAAACUGGGCUACUGUAUGGCUCGAGGAAACAUCGGCUUUUAAACCCUUUUACUAUUAAUAUCAUUUUAUUGUUAUUUUAUUGUUUUACUUGUUCACAGAGAGUUUAUUAUUCUUGAAUGGGACGACCGAAGAGUUGUCCACAUUCAGCUUUGCCUUUGUUAAGCGCUGCAGCCUGGAUUCCUCAGGAUGAGAGGAUGAGUGUGCUCUCCGCUGCUGCAUGGUAUCAGUGUGCGGUGUCUGAGUGCUCAGAAAUAUCCACAUUUCAACACCGCUCUUCACUGGAUGACGGAUCUCCCGCUGCUCUCGGGGAGCUUUGUGUUUGCUCCUCAGUGAUAUGGUAAUUCAACUCUUUUGCAAUGGGACUCCUUUCUUCCUCCCCCAGUGUUUCUGUUUAAAAAGCUCAUUCUCAUGCCAUUCAGCCCCUUAGAGAUUCAGUGAAGCGGGGGGGGAGGGAAGGGGGGGCAUAGUUGUCAGUUUAUCAUUUCUUCUGUAUUUUUUUACAGUGCAUACAGUGCUGGAAUUUCUCCUUUGAUUUGUGUUUACCAUGCGUUGCUCCACCUUGUUUAGUAUCAUCUGUUUAUCGUGUAAACCUGUCACAGACAUGGCAACAUAAGAUGACAUGUUUUGCUCUCUCUCCACUCUGUUAUAAAAAAAAAAAAGUCUUGUUUUUAUGAU